AAGCGCCAGUUACGGAGAAGGAGGUAUUACGGCUUGCUACGCCCGUCACGCGCGUUUGUGUUCCAGUAACUCGGAUUAAUUUGUCUCGGUUCCGUAACGUCAUUAACGUACAUGCACUGUGAUGUCCGCGACGGACUGGUAUGCGCACAAGUCGCUCGAAAACGGCCUGUUUUGGAUUCAGGAGCGUUUCUACGCAUCGGGAAACAGGGCGAACAUCUGGCUGAUUCCUGGAUCUCACCAGGACGUGCUGAUCGACGCCGGCCUCGGCCUGCGCAGUCUGCCCGAGUACAUCAGCGCCAAAGGCCUGCUGGGAGACGACGCCAAGCGAAAAAACCCGCUGCUGGCCAUCGGGACGCACGUGCAUUUCGACCACUCGGGCGGUCUGCACCAGUUCCAACAGGUGGGCGUGCACGAGGCCGAGGUCGAUGCGCUCGCCAACGGAGACAACUUCGAGACGGUGACAUGGCUGUCUGACCGGGAGAUCGUGGAGAAUCCGUGCCCGGGCUGGACGGCCAGGCAGUACAGAGUGAAGCCGGUGCAGCCCACCCACAUCCUGCAGGAAGGCGAUGUCAUCAACCUCGGGGACCGUCAGCUGACGGUGCUUCACAUGCCAGGUCACUCCAGAGGCAGCAUCUGCCUCCAUGACAAGGACAACAAGUUACUGUUCAGUGGAGACGUGGUCUACGACGGCUCCAUGAUCGACUGGCUGCCCUACAGCGCGGUUGGCGACUAUGUGCGCAGCUGUCAGAGGCUGGUAGAGAUGGUGGACAAGGAGGAAGUGGAGCAGGUCAUGCCUGGCCAUUAUAAUGCUUUUGGAGCCAAGAGGCUCCACAGGCUGGCCUCCACCUACAUCUCUAGUGCGGGAACGUGUCACAAGUUGACUACCUGUGCGGUGAAGUCAAUAGCCAGCUUGGCACUUCGGGCUUCCAACUCCUGUUGUGCCUGUUGUUAAUUAUUAGAACUGUAUGCAACAAUAUGCAGGACAAAUUCAGCACUGAGCAAUAAUGAUCGGCUGAAGUCAUUGUCAGAUACUUAACAGAAUAGAACGAAAAUGAAAAGAUAUAAGGCAUGGAUUGUCACUUCUUAGUAUAGAUAUGGUUUAAUCUUAUUUGCAGUAUGAGACUGUUCUCAUUGUGCUAUGCCAAUGUGUAGCAUAUAAUAUCACCCACAGUGGUAUGGUUUUGGUAUUAUUGAAAUACAUUAACUUUUUUCUUUGAUCUGUUUUCAAAAACUGACAGUUUUUUUGUUUUUUACUGCAAUUUAUAUACAUACAGUCGUGUAAAACUUCCCUCUUUUAAUUCUAUGUUUUUGGGUAAUACAAAUUAUAGUGGGUCUUAGAAAUAGGCAAAUACAAUCUCAGAUGGACUACAACAUAUAACUUUUAACUGUGCCAUUAUUUAUUUAACAAAAAUGUAGCCAAAAAGGAAAAAUCAUGUGGGUAAUAGUAAGUACCCCUUACGGCCUCCACAGGAUAAGUUUAAGGGGGUAAGUUGUAAGAAAGCUGAGCUUGAGAGAUACCUCGGCAUACAAAUUGAAGUCUUACUGCAAAUUUUGUAUUGUGAGACGCAUAUUCCCUUAGAAAAUAAUGCAAAUGCCGAUAAUCUGUUUCAGCCACCCCAAAAUAUUAUCAAUAUUUUCCAUUGCCAACACUAUAUUCAUAUCUUUGCAUAUAAAACAAUCAAAACAUUUUUAAAAAACUUAUAUAAUUAAGUAAAUUAAAUUAAAUGGCCAUCAAAUCUCACUUAACCUGAAUUUAUAAUUCCUCUUGGCACCAGCUGCUUUAAAAACAAUACUGAACAUGGCUCAGUUUAGUUGCUGAGGUGCUUUAUAACAUUCUUGGGGCCCAUGGUGCUGUGUCUCCACUAAAUCUUGCAAAAAAUGC